CAAAUAAAGGGCAAAAAUCAAUUUACAAUUGGUUUCAACCAGUAGGGCAAAAAGAAUAUUAUGAAGAGGAAGAAUAUGGUGAAGAAAUUAAAUAUGACUCUGAUGUUUAUGAUAAUAUGGAUGACGAUAACUUAAUACAAAUUGAUAAAAUAGAUAAAAAUUCAGAUCAAGAAUUUCAAGCUAUAAGUAUGGAUGAAUUAGAUUAUAUACAAUACAAUAAGAAGCAGUUAAUUUGUGGAAAAAGGGUAAGAGGGAGUGGGGGAGUGGGCAUGGGAGAAUGGGAGUGGAACAGAGGGAAAGAGG